AACAGACCUUAUCCACAGAAAACAGAUAACACAAGAAGUGUACAAAAAUUGGAUGAGAGGAGCUCUAGCGUUAAAAUAUUUAAAAAUAGGUUUAGAGGGUUUUUCCGACAAGGCUGUUCACAAACAGCAUAAUGAUCUAAUGAAAACUCUUGGAAAUACAUGCAACACUUGUACAGAGAGAAGUCUUCUCCCACAUAAACAAGCUCAAUGCCCACGACAAAGAAAAUAUCAAUGUGUAUGUACUAAGAGUCAGAGAAACAAGUCAAGACAAAUGUGUCCAAAUGGGGGAUUUUGUGGCAACGUUUAUAAUCGAAUAGUUUGUAAACAUCGCUUUCAAGAUCCAUCAUUCACGAACACGGAUGUCCAGAAAUGGAGCAGUGAUCCAUGGAGUGUUGCUACAUGCUUUAUAAAUACUACUGGCUACAAAGGCAAACAAUCAGCUAAAGAUGUCGACUGCUCUGGUUUACUUAGUAUGUGUAUAAACAACAUUGAUAUAGAAAUGAUACUUGGAGAAGUUAUCAUCGAUGGAAAAAUAGAUGCGUUUGCACAGGCAAGGCAGGCGCGGAAUGAUAUUCUUCACAGUCCAAACUAUGAACUAUCUGAAAAUCAACUAAACAAGUUUAUCAAAAUGUUCAAAGAAGUACUAGAAAUCAAGGACAAACAUGGCAAUACACCUCUGAAAGGGGAGCCAGGCGUUGCAAGCGCCUUACAUUUACUAGAUAUAGUGCAACAAAAUCAGAUUGAGAUAAACCUUGAACAUGAGAUGAUAGAACUGAGAGAGCAUGGGAUGUCUAGAUUAGAAGAGAAAUACCAAACAGCACAAAAACUGGCAAGUUUUAUCGCUAAUGUAUUUAUGUAUUGUUAUAACAUGCUUUAA